ACUCACACUUCCCCAUCUGCACAUGGUAUAAACAGCCAACAUCUGGAUCCCCGACUCUCAGGCAAUUUAGGCUGCUGACCGCGAUUCGUUGGUGUCAGGUUUUGAUCAUGGAGCUCCUGGGUGAUACUGGUGAUACUUUUGGUCAGUUCAGUCGCUGUCGGUGAGGUUGUGUCUGAUUUCUCGAACAGAUGUAAACAAUUCUUCGCAGAUCCAAAAGGAGGGAUAAGUCCUCCGACUGUCUUUGAUGGACAGCAGUACAGCCAAAUUUGUCAGACACUAGACAGUAAGAAAGGGUAUAAAUAUGCAACACAUUACGACACAAAAAACAAGAUUCCAGUGUACUCUGCCUAUGUGUAUGACGGCAGAGAGAGCUUGGACAGAAAUUGCAUGUGGAACAUCGAGCCUCAGCUUGAUGACCAGAACAAAGGCCCUGCCAUGGCUCCAGAGUCCUCAGUCAGCCUAGCCAAAAGAGGAAUGUACCAGGCCCUCAACAAAGAUUAUGCAGGAUCAAGCUACCACAAAGGGCACCUUUACCCAGUCUUCCACACAAACACUCAGAGCUGUGCUGAUGCCACCUUCACCCUCACCAACGCCGCCCCACAAGACCCCUCCUUAAACCGAGGCCAGUGGAGGAAGAUGGAGAAGGACAUGGCCCAAUGGCUGAAAACAAAAUGUCUGCCCAACCGCGCCUACAUGGUCACUGGAGUGGUCCCCAGCUCUGACCCCGUGGUGACUGUUAAAAACAGCACGGUGAACGUGCCCAGUCACUUCUGGAGUGCUUACUGUUGUCUUGAUAACAACAAAAAGCCCCUAAUGUCACGGGGCUACCUUGUCCCCAACAGCAACCAGGAGCCUCAAAAUAUGACAGUGACCGAUCUUGAUGUGAAGUUGUCCAAACUCUACAGUACAAAUUUCAUGGUGUUUGGAGGCAAAUGCGAGGCUGAGGUUAGGGUUAGGGUUAUGGUUCCCAGAUGCACUACUAGGUGCCAAAAGCUGCCAAAUCCCAGACUUGUUUCCAGGUGUAGGCCAGUUUGUAGGCGCAUACAGAGGAAGCUGGAAUUAGUUGAGCAGAGGAGAGCGGGCAAAGGUGGCAGGAGGCAGUAUUAUCUGUUCAAUUCCUAUAGCUUUAUUCAGCUUGCUGACAUUGUUACUGCUUCAAGCCGACUGUUCAAACUGUGAAUGAUUAUCUGAAUGAAAGGUCUGCCAUGUAGCCUGAGUGCACAGAUAGACUCGCUGCUGCCAUCUGAUGGCGGCUAGUGGCAUUGCACCAAGAGAUUCUGCACAUUUGACCAAUACUGUUUUUUACAUGUUUUUUAAUUGACUGAUUUGAUUGUAAGCUUGAAUAAAAAACUACCCUUUGAAAGUUA